UUCGGAGCCUCCACGCAACUUCAUCCACCUAUUUUUAUCAGUGUCUUCACACAACUCCAACCACCAGAAUUCCCGGCACUCGUUGCUCCUGGUGUAAUAAAGAUCUCGUCGUGGUAAGGUCCUCGCGUCAAGAUGGUGGUGCAGUUCAAAGUGUUCAAGAAGGCCUCGCCUAAUGGCAAGCUCACACUCUACAUGGGGCGCCGGGACUUCGUCGACCACGUCACCUCCGUCGAUCCCGUCGAUGGCGUGUUGGUUGUAGACACGGACUACCUGCAAGGGCGACGUGUGUUCGGGCAGUUGGUCUGCAGCUUCAGGUAUGGCCGAGAGGACGACGAGGUCAUGGGCCUCAGCUUCCAGAAGGAUCUUUUCUUGGCUUCGGAGCAGAUUUACCCGCCAAAGGAACUGGAAGCCACUCGUCUUCAGGAACGUCUUGUGAAAAAAUUAGGAGCCAAUGCUUACCCAUUUACUUUCAAGAUGCCGCCCAACGCUCCCCCUAGCGUCACCAUCCAGCCAGGCCCCGAUGAUGAAGGCAAGCCGUGUGGAGUCGAAUACUACAUCAAGAUCUUCGUCGGAGACUCUGAAGAAGACCGCACCCAUAAGAGGUCGACGAUUGUCUUGAACAUUCGCAGGAUCCAGUUCGCCCCCACCAAGACGGGACGGCAGCCGUGCACCAUCGUGCGCAAAGACUUCAUGCUCAGCCCCGGCGAGCUGGAGCUCGAAGUGAACUUGGAUAAACAACUUUACUAUCACAACGAAAAAAUCACUGUUUACAUCAUUAUUAGGAAUCAUAGCAACAAAACUGUGAAGAAAGUGAAGACUUCCGUGCAACAGUCGACUGACAUUUGCCUGUUCUCAGGAGGCCAGUUUCAAUGCACCGUGGCCAGCGUCGAGACUCAGGAAGGGUGUCCCGUGAACCCGGGGUCGUCGCUCCAGAAGGAACUUCAGCUGCUCCCAUCCCUGGACAUGAACAAGGACCGCCGGGGCGUGGCUCUGGACGGUCACCUCAAGACGGAAAAUACCAACCUGGCCUCUACCACGCUGUUGGCUAAUCCCGAGGACCGGGACAUGUUCGGCAUGAUCAUCUCGUACAGCGUGAAGGUGAAGCUCUACCUCGGGGCCAUGGGUGGCGAGGUCACUGCUGAGCUGCCCUUCGUCCUCAUGCAUCCCAAACCUGAUCUGCGCCGCAUGAUGCGUGCCGACAGUCAAGCGCAGGUGGAGGCCUUCCGGUCUGAUAGCUUCGGCGCCUCGCUCGACAUCGACGCUCAGGACGGCUGAACUUCGUCGGGAGAAACUUGCGCGCCGUUUGGUUAUCCCAUGUGAAUGUGUUUACUGAAUUGAGCAAAAUUGCGUACCGUUUGGUUCUCUUGUGUGAAAAUUGUUUACUGAAUUGAGCAAACUUACGGACCGUUUGUGUCUCUCGUGUGAAAAUUGUAUACUGAAUUGGGUCCUGUUGGUGUCACUCUUGAUGUCUGAUGAUAAGUAUCGCGACAACAGGAAGAUUCAUUACAAAGUUUUUGAUUUUUUCUUUACAUAAAGUUAACGAAAUAUAUCUCCUUAGACGCUAUAUUGAAUAAAUAUAUCCAAAAAAUAUAUUUCGGGGAGACAAUAUAUCAAAUAUUAAUAUUCCAGAGGUUUCCCGCUAAACCCUAUAUGUGUAAAUCCACAUCUCUGUUCAUUUUCAUUUCCCCGAAGCCUAUUUUAGAUUAUUUAUUUUUGAGAUUA